AUGGGAGGAGUGCAGUACUCAGCAACAGGACUCACUCUGGGCUUUGCUCUCAGUCGAUCUUUCCUCUGGCUUUUGAAUGGUUUUCUCAGGCCACUCCACGACUCCCCGUUCUCGACACAGCUACCCGUGGAGCUUUCCACAAGUAGCCGUGCGGUGCCGUAUGCGGCAACCGAAGAUGAGCGAGAUGUUGAGAAUAAUGAGAAACACAGCGAACUAAACUGGAGAGUGGAGUCUCGGCUGUUUCGAUGA